GUGUACCAUAAUUUCGUAAGGUCAAAAAAUGACCUUCAAGUAAUCUUAAACGAAGUAAUACGAAGCUCUCUCAUGAAAUUUUUAAAUCAUACGUUUUAAAAUCUUUGAUUCUUGAUAUAUCCCGAAUAUUUACAAAUAUUUUAUUAACCCUUUCGAUCUCACUUUGGAUUAAUGGAAGAAUUGAACAUUAUAUUAUCAAAACAGUUCAACUUCAAAUUUUAUAAGAUCGUUUAUUUAUGCGCGAAGAAACAAGAUUAUAGCCUUAUUGCAAGAUUAUUGCUAAUAUAGUCAUUGCCUAAAUGAAGAUUGGCUAGAACGUGACUAUGUUAUGCCAUGAUUAUGAUACAAAGAUAGUGUUAUGUAGUCAGAUUACAGAAGGUAAAAUCUCGAAACAUAAAUUUUGCUGUUCUUUUAUGGAUAAUAGAAUGACUUCUAAAAUUAAUGGUUUUAACACAUAAUCCUCAUAGGAAGCCUUUUUGAUUAACUGCGGAAAAAUAGUUCCUACGAAGUCGUUAAAAGGCUAGUAUGUUAUGUAAAAUGGCUAGAAAAAUCUUUAUUAAAGAAAAAUUCAACUCGGAUCUCAGCGUUUUCGAGUGAAAGUUUUGUAUGUAUAGAAGUAUACUAUAUCGGUACUUUUGAUGCUCAACAUGCCGUAUAUCUAUUAUACCCUAAGUUGCGACGAAAUUGCGCCAAAGUUGCCGCACUAUCCCUUUUUAAAUGGCCUGUUGGUAUGCGUACGAAGAAAGUACAGACAACAAAGAAAUGUAUUCGUGGAGGGAGAAUCUCAAGCAUGCGUGGAGCGUAGGGCUCUCGAGUUUCAGCGUGUUUUACUUUUGAGGGAUAUUGUCGCGCUACAAAUACCUUAAUAUUGCGGUUAACUUUAUCAGAUAUCAGACUUUUAAUGUACAUAUAAAAUAUAAAUCAUAUGCAACUGAAUUUUGGUAACUGGAAGCUCUGUACUAACUGAAUCGCAUACUAACUGAUGUCGCACAGCUAACAGCGGUGAGAUAUUGUUGUCGUCUGAACGAUCAACCAACGCGGUAAUACAUAAACGAAGCACGUUCUACGGCCGCGUGCAAUGCGACAACGUCGCAUUCACGUCCGUGGUCGUAUUUGUCGGUUGCGCUAUUGCGCUGUAUGAGAUUCAGUCGAUUCAGACCAGUUUGUUCUUUGUCGCAUCGCACGCACGACGUCUAGUAUGCAUACUUUCGCACAGUUAUUGAUUUCUGAAGUGCAAAAAAGGCCUGUUUUAUGGAAUAGAUGGGAUGAAAACUACAAAAACCGAGUGUUAGUGGACAAGGAAUGGGAAAAUGUGGCAGUAGUAUUAAAAAAAGACAAAGUGGAAGCCAAGUCGAAAUGGCGAAAUUUGAGGGACCAGUUCCAAAGAGAACUGAAAAAAGUGAAGAAGCUCCGUUCUGGAGAGUCUGCUAGUAUAUCUGUGAGCGAUUACAAAGGGAAGUGGGUGUUUUUCGAAAUGCUCUUUUUUUUAAAAGACACUAUGGUGUUAACAAAAAUGACGAGCAAUUUCGACAAUGUACCCAGCGCGGAUACAUUGAACUCCGAAACGGACACGAACUCUGAAGAUUUGGGGCAAGAAGUUGCGGACACAACGGUAGCGUCUGAAAGGAUAACGCCACCGCGUCAUCUCGAGACUUUCGAUGCUCAUAGCUCUAGAUUUGAGGAAUCCCUCGAAAUUCCACGUCUCCAUAAUACGCCAAUCUACCACCAUUCGAAAGGAAGAAAAAGGACAUUAUCUGACUUUGGAAGAGAUAUGUUAGAGGCAGAAAAGAAAAAACUUCCGGCAUUCGUCGAACACGGCCUAUGCGAGAGACGCGAGCAAGAUGACGAAGACAUGCAUUUUGCAAAGUCGCUGGUACCGUCCCUCAGACGAUUAGAUCCUAUCCGAAAAUUAAUAAUUAGAAAUAAAAUUCAAAGUUUGUUAAUUAAGGAGUUAAUUCAUGAAAAUUCAAGUUUAUCAAGUGAUUCGCAGGCUGGGACAUCUACCGGCGAUCCUUUGGUACUGUAAUAUGUAUAAUAGUAUUAUAAUGUGUAUAAUUAGUUAUGAAAUAACAUAAAGAAAUAUUUUAUAAUUCUAUUAAAUUUUAUACGAUGUUAAAUAUGUAUUCAGCUUUGUCUUGUAUAUUCCCCAAUAACUUAUUUAUAAGCACAGUUAAAACCACACAAGCUUUGUUGAUUAUUCUGUAUCAACAAGAUCACGAACAUAUAACUGAAUGAGAUGAAAAAUAAGGGAUAAACAAGGGAUUUCAACCCUUUUUACCGCUUUUGGAAUAGGACACCCCAAUCUACGGCUUUGUUGUGCGACCCUCUCGAACACGAAUAUAUAUACUAAUUGUGCUCUGCAGUGUUCGGGAUCUGGUUAAUGUUUAGAACCUGCUAUAAAACGGUUGCUAGGUCCAAACAUCGUUUAUAUGUACUUUGGCCGGGGCCAUACAAGCAUUGAAACGAGGUCCGCUGUAUGACUUCCGUUGUAGAAAUAUACUAUCGUCGUACAUUGAAGCCCUCUCAUUAGGAACACGCGUCAUUCCGAUAUACGAUAAUAUGUACGUAUUUCUACAACGGGCAUCACGCAACAGAUGUCGUUCCAAUGGUCAUAUGGUCUCGGCUUUACCGAUACUGAUUCCCAUUUAUAUUAAGGCGAAAAUAAGAAAGAAGCAAGACGAGCUUACGAAAGAAUUUAGAAACGCACGUCGGCAUGGUUCUUUUACAUUGAAACAGAAGAUCAAGAAACCAGCCUGUCUGAAAUUAGGAAUAGAAUUGACAACGAAGUCGAAGAUGAAGGACAAUAGGAACGGAACGUAGUACAAGCGAGACAACUGGACAAGGUUUAUCAAAGUCGCAUACUUCUUUAGGAAAAGUAAAGUAAGAAAUUGGUUACCACUGCGUGCAGCUUUUGACAGGACACGGAAUAUUCGAUUCGUUCAGGAAAAGGGUUAGGACGUCAGGUAAAGUGAGACGUACCGGGAUUGUGGACAAAGACUGGAUGGCAAAUGGAGCCUGGCAAAUUUUUCUUGAAAAAGUAUGUAAAUUUAGUCAUUCUGGGGAUCGUUUCAAGGCGACUAUAAUAAUUAUAAUGAAAAAUAGAGAGUGGGAAGAAAAAGAAAUUCAAAUUAGUUAAAGGAGAAGACGAAGAACCGUAAACACGCGCUUCUAAAAUAAGUAACAACAAUGUGAUACAAACCUAAAAUAAUAGAGGAAGGACAAGUAUUAAUGCCCGAUGCAGAAUAACGGGCCUGUUUAGUUCAAAUUGAAAUCCAUCCUCCAAAGCAGCACAUUUUAUACCGCGCUGCUAAGAUGGCCAUUGAGUCCGCCGUACAGCAGUAACAAGGAGAGGGUUUUAGUGGGUUUUGUCGCACAUCAUCUCAGACAGCUGAGCCAUACAACCACAUAACCCGAUAGUACGCUGCCGGACAUGCAUCAAAUGCAUUUUCCUCCCUCGCACGCGUGAAUAAAGGUCCGAACGCCGUGCAUGCGAUGCGACAAGAAACAAACCAGUUCGAAUUCCAUCGGACCGACAUUGGUGAGUCGUACGACAAGGUCUAUAUACGACCGGUCGUCGAAUACUACAUAUUUGCGACUGAUCAACUUUCAAGAUAUCUUUGUCUAUAACACUUAUAUAAUAAUUAAUCAGGUUCAAGUAUAUUAAGUUUGGUGGAGUGACAAGAAAUUGAAUCAGAAAAUUCAAUUUAAUAUCCAACAGUUAAAAAAUAAACAUCUUUUUCACACCUUCCAUCAUAAAUUAUUAUUAUUAUUCAUAUACAAUAUUUAUGUAUAGUAAAGAAAAAGCAUAUAUAAUAACAAAUGAAAUUAUACGAACAUCAAUUUAGAAAAAAAGAAAUCAUACAAUGGUAUUUUUUUUCGUAUCACGCUCGUUUUAUUCCUUUCUCACAUACACACAUACAACUUUUUCUCUCUUUCGUCCUCUUUUCUUCAAGAGUUACUUCAGUUUUUAUUUCUUAUUGCGCAUUAAAUUAUAUCAUUAGAAGAAACUCGAAUCGAACCAAAAAAUAUUUUUCUCCCUAGAUUAUUCCUAUGGGUUUACUGAUCCUCCAUUGGUCUCAUCGAAUAGGAAGAGGAAAACCAAGGAAUAUUCAUCUCUCGUGAUUUUACAUUUUGUAACAUACUUUGUGUAGGAGAACUCGGACUGCAGUACUAACAAAUCAUAAUGCUUGCAACGUUCAAAAUCUCUCCAUAAGAUAACGUUAAAGAUUUUAUAUAUUUGUUGAAAACAGGGAAUAAUGUCUGUAGAUACUAGAGCGAAAGGCAAAUAAAAAUAAUUAAUAGUUUACUAAUCAUUCUCUUUUAUGACGUCUAAUUAAAUUAUUAGCUAUUUUGCUAUUUUGGAACUAAUUUUGUGACAUUCCUUGUUUUUCCCCCCUUAUUCCUCAAUUAUAACUCAACGAGGGAAGUUGAAGGUUCUAGAAUUCGUUUAAACAGAUAUCAAAGCAGGCAGAAUUCUCUUUCUGUUUCUCUGUAUUUCGUACUUCGUUGUUGACGUCGAACCUUUUUUAAAGUUUUGUUUUCAUUCCGCUUGCAUUCACUUGUUCCAAUCGUAAGCAUCAUCUUACUCUUGUUUCAAGUUUCAAAGCCGAAGUUCGUCUGUUUACUUAAUUAAUCGGUCGUCGAAUCUAUCUUUACACUUCUCUGUGUAUUUAGCUCUGGAUGAUCUAAAAAACUAUUUCUUUUCGAUUCUCUUUAAAAAAAUUUCGCUGUAACGUUACACGCGAUUACCGCCAAUCAACGGCGAUAACAGAGCAGUUACAAGUUUUCCUGCGACGUAGUAAGUGUAACGCUUAAUUUUAAUAUUACCUGUAUAAAUAUUUGAGGCUUUCGUUAUUUUGCUUCUCUCUAUAAUUCCCCUAUGAAAAAUCUAUGGAAAAAUCAGCUUUAGAAUUAACCCGAUCACAGCGCUAUCGGUGAAUAAAAGCAGCACUCAAAUAACUAAUAUCUUAAUUAAUAAUUAAUCGAUUAUGAUUACAGCAUCGACACAAGAGAGCAGUGAUCAUCUUCUUGAUCGAUAUCUAGGAAAAUUUCUUCAACGCAAGUAUUUGCAAUAAUUUUGUUCAACGAUAUUUUGUAAUAUUCAACAAUCACGUAACAAAUUCUUUAAAUAUAUAAUAUUAACCUAAACUUUGUUCGUUUCUUUUCUAUACAUGAAAAUAACAUUGCGUAGGUUAAUAAAAUGUUUCAUACAUGUAAAAUUUACAUUUUUUUAUAUUUGUUUACAACAUACAUUUUUAUGGUUGAUUAAAAUUCUUAAUUAUUGCAAAUAUCUUUUACAAAUUAGUUUGCGUAUUUGUCUUUAUUCACCUUGCGUCACGCGUAAUCAUGUUUACAAUGUAACUUACGUAUAUAAAUACCUAACGCGAGUAAUUAAAUUCUUUUUAUCCACCAAAUGAAACACGCACCUUUCAACGAGUAUUAUCGUCGUCAUCGUUUUAAUAUUAUUCUGUUAAAUAAAUAAGCAAAUUCGAAUCGAACGUAAGAACGCUUUGGCAAUAUUUACUGUUAAAUCAAAUAUUGUUCGUUGGACUGGUUUUUCCCCUUCGAUAUUCUCAACCAAAUAAACAAACAAUUAGAAAAGGAACAUACACAAACUGGGAUAAUUAUUACCGCUUCGUAUAAACUAAACGCUUAUUUUUAAAUUAAAGUCUCUGCAUUAAUUAAUUAGUGCAUACUUUAGUCAAAGUAAGAGUGUCGAAUUUUUCAUUGGCAAUAUUUGUGCGAUUUGGAAAGAAUUAAAAGAAAUGUAAUAAAUCACAAAAAGAACAAAACGUUGCAUCCAAUCAAGUAUCAUACAAAACGUGGAAAAGGAAAGCGUUCAAAAAAUGUCGAAUAUGAAAGUGCGCGUCGAUCAGCGGCGUGAAUAAUAGUUUUAAAAAUUGAAUUCGUUAAUUUAAUUUCCAUUCCAGCUAAAAAAUGCUCUCAUCCUGACUAUGCGACUAGAAUCGGACAACAAUUCAUCUUUCAAAGAACAGCCAUUCCUGCAGAAAGUAUCCAUUCAAUUCUUGCUUACAGAUUGUUGACUCGUCUAAGACAUAAACCAUUGUAUACAUAAAUAAUCGAAAAUUAUUCCUUUUACAAGAAUUAAUGAAAAAGUUCAGUGGUAUCUAGGUAUAUUGCACAGAACAAUUUUAAUAUUUUUCAUAACAAUACCAUAUACCACAUACUUGAUACAUAAUAAAAAUUCCUGAAAUCUUUACGUAGAUUGACUUUAGAAUUAAUCCUAGUUAUUGGCUCAUGUUGUCCGUACCACGACAGUUAAUGAUACAAAAUUAUGUGAAAGAGAAUACAUUACUAUUGCUUUCCUUGUCUUGAUUAAAUUUAUAAUUUGAAGAUUUAUCA